AUGGCGACAGAACAGUAUUUCCAAGGGGCAGCAAUAGAAAGUGAUGGAUCUUCCUUGGCGAAACGGAAAUCCUUAUCCUCUUCAGUCGAUGAGUCUCCUUCUUGUGAUUUUGAAUGUAACAUCUGUCUGGACCUUGUGAAAGACCCCGUGGUUACAUUCUGUGGCCACCUCUAUUGCUGGCCGUGUAUAUACCGAUGGAUUACUUUCCCGUUAGAAAACCCGGAUCAAAAGCAUCCACAGUGUCCUGUCUGCAAAACAGAGGUGUCGGAGAAAACCUUAAUCCCACUCUACGGCCGUGGCCAAACUACAAAUCCCUCCAACGACAAGGUUUCAGAGCUUGGUAAACUCAUACCAAAAAGGCCUCUCAGUCCUGGAUUUGGCGGUGAUGCACUAAUACCGACAGCAAACUCGGGUCAUUCACCCCAACUUCAUCAACGAAGUUAUGUACAAUCGUCUCAGCCAUAUUACACUUACUCUGGCAACUAUAUGGGUUCAUCCAUGCUCGGCAUUGGCGGGACAGCAACAAAUUUGAUUGAUCCAAUGAUCAAGAUGUUUGGUGAAAUGGUUUGUGCAAGGAUUUUUGGGAAUUCAGAGGCAACUCUUUAUACAUAUCCAAACUCGUAUCGUCUAGUGGGUAGUAGCAGUCCUAGGUUAAGAAGGCAUAUGAUGCAGAUUGAAAGAUCACUCAGUAGAGUUUGUUUCUUCCUAUUGUGUUGUGUAAUCUUGUGUCUUCUCUCGUUCUGA